AUGGGUGAGCAGACCCAGACACAACCAGAAACCCAAUCUCAAGAUUCUAAACCUCCAUCUCCGACUCAGCCCCAGAAAGCUGAGCCCAAUUCCGAUUCCAAUGCACAAUCUCCGCCGCUACCAACCCAUUCAACUGACCCUCUUCCCGCCACCGCCGACACUAACAGCGAUUUUCCGAAAAAUUCCCAAGGCCACUCCAACCCUUCCAAGAUUCCAAUUCGACCCCAAAAAGUCCGCAAACUCUCCUCCGCCACCCCAAUUCCCACUCCCACCGCCGUUGAUAAAUCACCUCCACCGGAUGAUUCCUCCGCCUCUGCUCCCACAACCACUAUUACAAACAAGAACCGGCGGCGUAGUGCCUCCCAAUCUUCUAGAGCUCUGCCUCAGAUUAUCAAACCCUUGUCCGCCAAUGGCGAAAUUGAAUUGGCCCUUCGUCACCUCCGUUCUGUAGAUCCGUUUCUCGCCCCGAUAAUUGAUACCCACCCGCCCCCUCAAUUCGAGUCCCACCACCCUCCUUUCUUAGCUCUCGCCAAGAGCAUUCUCUACCAGCAGCUCGCCUACAAGGCUGGCACCUCUAUUUAUACGCGCUUCACCUCUCUUUGCGGUGGCGAAGACUCUGUCCGCCCUGAUACUGUUCUUGCCCUCUCUGCACAGCAGCUCAAGCAAAUUGGCAUUUCUGGGCGCAAGGCGAGCUAUUUAUAUGACCUUGCAAAUAAGUAUAACUCUGGGAUUUUGUCAGACAACGCAGUCGUGAAAAUGGAUGACAAGUCUCUGUUCACUAUGCUCUCGAUGGUGAAGGGGAUAGGUUCUUGGUCGGUCCACAUGUUCAUGAUAUUUUCUCUGCACAGACCGGAUGUGUUACCUGUGAGUGAUUUAGGGGUUAGGAAAGGUGUACAAUUGUUACACAAUUUGGAGGAUUUGCCGAGGCCUUCACAGAUGGAGCAAUUGUGCGAGAAGUGGAGGCCAUACAGGUCAGUUGGGGCGUGGUAUAUGUGGCGGUUUGUUGAGGGGAAGGGCACUCCUGCAACUGGUGCUGCAGUGGCACUGGAAGGUAAUGCUGUGCAGCCACUGCAACAGAUUGAGCCACAGCAGGACGGGCGGCAGCAGCAUCAGUUGCAGUUUCUGGAAUCAGUUAAUGGCAUUGGAAAUUUCGGGGCAUGCAUUUGGGGCCAAUGA